GGUAGAUAGCCGGUAAUCUCACUUGAUGUCUCGUCGUCUCCCUCUUCCUUCAAACCCAUUGUCCUUCGUUCAUUCAACAUUGACAUCUGCAUCUUCCUCGGAGUGCUUCGAUACUACUGGAAACCCGACCUCAAUACUAGGAUUUCCACAAUAUUUCACGUUUUUGGGUGGGAAGCUUCGCAUAUCACCACAGCUCUUUGAAACGCGAGCUUUCCCAGGCACAUCGAGCCGAUGUCAUCCUCGACCCCAACAACACCAUGUCCAACAUGAGAAUAUCCACUAUAUCCACCCUGCUGGCCAUACUGGUCCUAGUCAGCGCCAUGCCACACGCACAUCAGAAGAUCUUCAACAAUGAGGACGACUUCUGGGCAAAGAAGCCCAUGCACACGACAGAUCUUAUGGCUGGCAGGGCACGCACGACCAUAAAACACUCGACUACCUACACUCAAAUUCCCACAGCGACACCAAGAAUAGAGAUACAGUAUGAGGAGGUGAACGAACUUUAACGGGCAUUCAUCGUCAAACUUCCGCUCAUGCGCUGUGUCAUGCGACAGUAGAGGCGACCAUAUGAUAUUCAGAAGCCUGAGGGGAUGCAUUAUAUUAAAGCGGACCUCUACGACAUUCACAUAAAAUAUCUGGCGGUAUUAUUUGUUUCUGGGACAUCUCAAGAAUUGGACAACUACCGACCUGUGUCUGCCGGGCAGCAGAGCUCCGCUGGGUGGCUGCUGCUCGGCAUGUGUACUUGAGGCUCCUCUAUGCGGAUUUGUAUUCUUCUUCAAAGCCCUUUACUUCAACUAUCCAAUUACCAAACCAAUCAACUAGAAGACAAAGUUGCGACUUCAAGUGCUCCAAAAGUCCAUCAGCACCUUGUCAUGUCCAGCAGAGAAUACAAAGCCGC